AUGCCUUUGUCUCUCCUGCAAAUCCCCCGCGAGCUCCGCGAUGAAAUCAUCGAGCUUGUGCUUUACUUCCCUUCCCAACGUACAGACGGAUUAUUAUAUCCAUCAAAUCGCGUCCGGCUACACGACACCAAUUUCAGCGUGUUAUUUCCCGAGCGCGUCUGGUAUGCGAAGGAGCCCGAAUGGAAAAUCCCGGCCGCCCACGCUCUGCUGCUGGUUAACCGCCAAAUUGCUGCUGAAACAAAGGCAAUCCUCUCUCGGUGUCGAGUGUCGUAUGUUCUUGAUGUCGGGAUUGUCCAGGGUCACUACCUUUGGCCAACCUGGCUUGCUGUCCCGAAUCUUUCCAAACGCAUCGAUGAGUUGACAAUCAACCUCCGGGCCUUUGACUCUGCAAGCUCUGCAGCUCGACACCACAACGCGUUUAGAGACACCGAGUCCCAAACGAACGGCAAUCCGCCGCCUUUUGCCAGCAUGCUCUAUAGUAUGCUAGAGCGGAUUCUAAAGCGUGGCCCGUCCUUUCCGUCACAUGAGGAUUUGACACGUCUGACUGGGAAUCCUGAGUUUGUGCAGCAUGUUCAAACAGAGGGACUGGGAGCAGAGGAAUUGCUAUCCCGAAUCCAAUCUAUCGUGGUUGUCGGAGAAAAUGAAAGGGUUGCUGAUAAAGAAACGCAGCUUGAGAACCAAAGAGCAAGAGUGGCUCUUGGGAGGGUGUUCAAGGACAGGGGAAUUGUGAUCGAAGCUCUUCGGUUGAAUUGUCAAACCCCGCCCGGAUGGCAAGGUCAAAGGACAGCUGACCCGGAAUUUGGAUUUGAGGAAUGGCGUUCGAAGGCAUAUUAUACGUCGCAGGCUGGUGAUGUUCCUGUGAUAAGACCAGAGUGGCUUGCUUCGUACGUGUCUUCUGAGCUUUCCUCUUUGCUCCGGCUGGGAUAUAAUGAUGCCUGGGCUGCCGGGAUAUUUUAUGAGCGGAUCGGCUUCAUACAAGUGAUGAUUGACGAGAUCCCGAUAGCGGAGUUCGGCCUUGGUCAUAUGCUGGCUGGACUUCAGGUGACAGACCCAGGAAAUUUCUUCGACGAAAAUGGGUCGAUGGAGGAGCGGACGCUCAAGUUCCAACAGUGGAAAGAAGAGAGACUGCGACUGAGGUGGCAGAACGACAUACAUGAUGCAAAUACAAGAGCAAGUCAAUAA